UUCCUAAUGAUGGAAAAUAGGCGAGUGGUGAGAAAUAAAUCGCAAAUUUUUGUGAACGACACCCAAUUCAACCGCCACGGCGUUCAAUCAGGAUAACAAAACAACACUUUUCCCUUUUCAUUCACCACUCGCCUAUUUCCUUCGUCUCUUUUGUUUCGUCCUUUCCUUCACCACUUUUCCCUUUUCAUUUUCAGGAUAACAAAACAACACUCCUUGCAGGAUUAAACUUCACUUCAAUUGAACUAACCUAUCUGUGGGUUUUUUUGUAGAUUGAUUCAAUUCAAUGGCUUCAGUAAUGCUCAGUGGAACUGAAAAGCUCACUCUCAGAACCCUAACCGGAAACGGCUUAGGUUUCACUGGUUCAGAUUUGCACGGUAAGAAUUUUCCAAGAGUGAGUUUUGUUGCCACCACUAGUGCUAAAGUUCCCAACUUUAGGAGCUUAGUAGUACCCAAGUGUAGUGUCUCUGCUUCGAGGCCAACCUCGCAGCCAAGGUUCAUUCAGCACAAAAAAGAGGCGUUUUGGUUCUAUAGGUUUCUCUCAAUUGUGUAUGACCAUGUCAUUAACCCUGGCCAUUGGACCGAGGACAUGAGGGAUGAUGCCCUUGAACCCGCUGAUCUCAAUGACAGGAACAUGAUUGUCGUCGAUGUCGGCGGCGGCACCGGUUUCACCACUCUUGGUAUUGUCAAGCAUGUGGAUGCCAAGAAUGUCACCAUUCUUGACCAGUCACCCCACCAGCUUGCUAAGGCCAAGCAGAAGGAACCACUCAAGGAAUGCAAAAUAAUCGAAGGGGAUGCCGAGGAUCUCCCCUUUCGAACCGAUUAUGCCGAUAGAUAUGUAUCCGCGGGAAGUAUUGAAUACUGGCCGGAUCCACAGCGUGGCAUCAAGGAAGCUUACAGGGUUUUGAAACUUGGAGCCAAGGCAUGUCUAAUUGGUCCGGUCUACCCUACAUUUUGGUUGUCACGUUUCUUUGCGGAUGUUUGGAUGCUUUUCCCCAAGGAGGAAGAGUAUAUUGAGUGGUUUCAGAAGGCAGGGUUUAAGGACGUCCAACUAAAAAGGAUUGGCCCAAAAUGGUACCGUGGUGUUCGCCGACAUGGCUUGAUUAUGGGUUGUUCAGUGACCGGUGUUAAGCCUGCAUCUGGAGAUUCUCCUUUGCAGCUUGGUCCAAAGGAAGAAGAUGUUGAAAAGCCCGUUAAUCCUUUUGUGUUUGCACUGCGCUUCGUUUUGGGUGCCUUGGCAGCCACAUGGUUUGUGUUGGUUCCAAUUUACAUGUGGCUCAAAGAUCAAGUUGUUCCCAAAGGUCAGCCAAUCUAAGAGAUAUUAGUAGUUAGUGAUCCUUUUGAUACUUUAUCAGUAUCUUUUUCAAAGUUUCAUCAAAUGUACUCUCAAUUAAGAGAAAUUUGAUCAAAUGUCAAGUAGUUUAUUACGUAACUGAGCUCAAAUUUGCUGGCUGCUCUUGCAAGCUAUGAUAAUUUUGGGCGGGAAGCCCGAAUGCAACCAUAUUGUACACGUCCACUUGUCAUUUUGUUCUGUCCAUCAGCAGUCUUAAGAGGUCAAUUAUUCCAACAUUGUUUUAUGUAAUGAUUAUAUAAGGAUGUUAAUGUCGUUUAGAGGUUAACAUCCCUUUCUUUUUUCCAACUGAUACUAAUGCAAUAUGUCUGUUUAUGUUAA